AUGUUUCUCCACUGUCCCCCAUGGCGAAAGCCGCGGCCUGCUUCCCCCUCGGACGUGGCUCGAUCAAACCAAGCCACCCACGCCUGUGAUCUAGAGGCCCAGUGGCACCGGACUCGAGGCCCAUAUCCUGCACCAAACCAUUCACCGUCUCCGCACUCGAAAUACCACCCUGAGAGCAUCUCGCGCAUCAUUCGCCGCCGAUUCUCUCGCGAGUCCAGAGCAUCCAGCGCUCACCAUGAGCCAAGCAAGUUCAUGUUUCCAUUCCCUCGCAAGUCGUCAAGAUCUGCUUUAAAACCGGCUACCGCGCUUGCCACAUUGGGAGGCUAUGGCAGCAGCUUGAUGAGCGAAAGUCGAUAUGACAGUGACGCGCAGUUCAUUUCCACUCCUAGACGGGAACUCAUAGACUCUCCCGCACACCGUGCCCGCCGUCGGAUGGAGCUGAGUGGCUUGAUUGAACGGAGUCAGGAACAGCAGGACUCUGAACGUUGGGCCAUCGGCAUGGGUGACGAUAUUCCCGAGCCUCCCGAGUCGGUCUAUGGGAUGCGGUUUAUACAAACCCCACCUAGUACCCUCAGAAGCCACCGCGGUCCGUACCAAAAAGUCAAUCAUGCUGUAUCUUUGGAAGGUGACCAAAAGCACGGUAUGAUCUCGGCAAAGUCCAUGUUUGAUCUGAACUCGACCAGUCAACGAGGCAAUGGCUCGGGCACCGGACCUUCUCAUGCCCUCGACUACAUUCGAGGUGGGAAUGGUCAGAAACAUUUAACAACCAGUCAAAGCAUGGGCAUGAGCAGUCACAAGCACGGAAUGGCUUCUUCAAACCCACUGUCGAACCAGCCCCCGGACCUUGUCGUUGCCAAAAGACGACAGCGGACUGACUCGGGCGUGUUUUUGAUGGACAAUGAAUCAGUUCAUCUGGAAGAUAUGCGCAUUUCUUAUCGGCUCGCUUCCCAAUCUGCAUCUUCUGCGCCCAUGUCUUGCAACCCAUCGAUCGCGGAAUUGAUUUGUAACAACAGAUACGGGCCCUUUAUGAACGCUUCACAGGAGAAUAUGCCGAUUGCACUGAGAUCGACCACUUCAAUCACCUCUGGAAACAGUCCACAAGUUCCGGCCUAUCACCACCAACAAGCAUCGUCAUAUUACUCUCGCCAGCCAAGUUGUUUGUCAGCCAAUGCAUCGCCUAGCUCCCAUUCGCUCGCACCUGAUGCAGAGCAACAGGCUGGUAUGGUCCCUGGUAGCAGGUACAAUGUGUCAGCCGAGGAUCUGAACCCACAAAAUGGUUCACCUCUUGCGAGUGGCGCUAUUGGUAGCAAGUUCCGUGAGCACUGCGACAACGAGGCUCCACCGGAUUCCCACGGACAUAUUGCGUCGAAAGAGGUGCAUGGAACAAGUGCACCUCGCAAAGUCAGCGUGGGUUGGAUGUCUGGCGGCCGGCGAGUCGGCUAUGGAUAUAAUCCAGUGCCAGACGACGAAGCGGCACGGUAUCAGCAGCACGAAGAUGGCAAUCCCAGACUGCAACAAGCACGAGAGCAGAAAGCAGGAGCGGCAAUGAGCAUUCCAAAUCUUCAAGGAGGAUAUGUCUGUCAAGAUCAAAUGAGAAGAACCGAUCUGAUGCCUGCAACUGCCCCAAACACCCCGGAAUCACAGUGUAAAUCAGCCACCUACCAUGCAAACCGCUCUGAGCCUGCCCCAGCAACUAUUCCCAAAUUACGGAGUUCCGAUAAAGUCAGCAAUGAGUUUCCGGAGCCCUCUUACCUUCGAGCCAUCCUAGCAGGUCGGUAUAGCCGUGAACACGAUGGCGGAUCCGUGAUAUCGGGGAAGCGAAGCACAAGAAGUCUUCAUGCAGUUGAGAUUCCUUCAAUGGCUCAAUCCGAACAUUGUCACGUCCCACAGACCUCCGGCCAACACUCAGAUACUGCUGUGCACCGCUCGCCUCGCCUCAGCCAAUCGUUGAAUUCAAAUCCACAGAGCUCAAAGAACAAAAGAGGCCGGAGAGCUGCGAUACAGAACUCAAUUCGUCAGGGAAAAGAGCGACAUGUUUCCAUGUCGGACCACAAUGCAGUGGACAUUGACCCAGAUUAUCUCGGCAUAGAGCACGACUUCAACGCCGAGGACGUAGCUCGUUUCUUACGUCCAAGCAAUGCUCGAGGUGCAAAUUGGGUCCGCAGGCUGUCCAAGUAUAGGGUCAGCAAGCGUUACUCAAAUCCACACCAACAAGAGGUAUCGCAGAUAUCGCAGGGUCUAUACCAGGGCUAUAGCUCCAAUAGCCUGGAGCGAGAAAAUUCAACUAAGAGUAUCGGUACUAAUGUGGAGGAACUGGCGAGCAUGUACCAGGAAUGUCUUGACAUGCCCGGAUCCUUUGAGGGGAGUCGAUGGGCUAGUCGGACUAGUCGAAUGCUGUGGGACCUUGUUACGACAGAUGAUCGGUGA